AUGGAUCCUGACAGUCCCGCAUCACAGCCCGUGUCGCAGCCUUCAGCAUGGCGUUGGUUCUUGGGCUUUCUCAUGGUCGGCGCAUGCUGGGGACUGACCACGCCCUUCAUGAGGCGCGCUGCGGUACAGCGAGACAAGGAGCCUCAACUCACACGACCAUAUUUGACGGACCCGAGCACGCCAUGGAUCAAGAAAAAGUUCUGGGGGAUCAUUUAUGCGGUCUUUGAUCUGCUGAAGAACCCCAGCUAUGCAAUCCCUCUUCUCCUGAACGUCACCGGGAGUGUGUGGUUCUUCUUGUUGAUAGGACAAGCCGAAUUGAGCUUGACAGUGCCAAUCACAAACUCGCUGGCUUUCCUGUUCACAGUGCUGGGAGAAUGGUGGGCUGAAGGGAAAGUAAUUUCACGAGACACCUGGAUCGGUAUGGGCUGCGUACUGGGAGGCAUCGCCUUGUGUGUACAUUCGAAGACCAGAUGA